AUGGUAACAGCUGGUGCUUUGAUAUCUACAAGCUUGCUUGAUCUCCCAGAUCUCGUUAUUGAGAAGAUCUUGAAAGAAUGUCAUCCAUUAGAUUUGAUCAGGCUUUGGCAAAUAGAAGGCUUUAGAUACUUCAUAACUGAAAAAGAGUUGCUUAUCAUUACACACCCUAACAAUCGUCACAAAUAUGAGCUACCUGAUCGCUUUUUCUUGUCAUUAGGUGAGGCACUUCCAUUUAAAGAAGGUUCAAAAGUUGGUGUUAGUGAAAAAAUUAAAUCUUUCAGAGGAACAUUGCUUGUUGAAAACACGCCAAAUGAUCAUCAAGAAUGUUUUGAUUUAAAUUAUAAUGAGGUUAACCGCCAUAUUAUUGACUUAAUAAAACUGGAACAUGAAUCUACAUAUUUGAUUAUUGAAGAUCUCAUUGAAUGGUACAACUUAGUUAACUCGUUUGUGUCAACAGAGGUACCAAUAAAUCAUAUAAAAUCAAUCAAUGUACCCUGUUUAAAAGCUAUUACAAGACUCCCGUGCUUUGAUAUUGAUCCAGCUAUUUUUCAAUUUCCAAAUGUUACUGAACUUGAAUGGUCCAUGAACUAUACCAAAAAUUUAAGUGAUAUUAUCAAGAUGUGUCCAAACUUAAAGACUUUGAAAUUUUCUGGUGGUCCAUCAGGUGCUUACGACUUCAACAAUACUGAAUUUGCUUCUAAAAUAGCAAAUAUGAUAAAAUCUGUGGGAAACUUACCAAAUGAAAUUAUUAUUUCCAACUUUCAUGGUUUGGUUGGAGAAUCUCUGAUUCAAAACUUUCCUUUCACAUCAACACUUGAAAAUUUUGAAAUAAAUCAUUGUUCAAAUAUUAAAAUUAAGUCAUUGUCUUUCAAUUCCAAAAAUGUCAAACUUGCAGACUCUAAAAUUUCCACAAUUGAUUCUUUGAUCAUACCGUUUUGUGAAAGCUUGGAGAUCUCACGUUGCAAAAUAGGAACUAUUUCAAACAUGAAGGCUGAUUCACUCAAAAGCUUGAAUAUUACGUUAAAUAAUCCUGAAUCAUUUUGUGAAAAUAAGUUCAUUUUACAGAAUGUUUUAUCGCCUCAAUUGUUAACUUUUGAACUCAAUACAUACACAAACCCAAGAUUAGAUAUUCAUAUAUCAGAAUUACAUUUCCCUAGACUCAUAUCAUCCACCAUAAGAACAACACCAACACAUCAAGGAAGAAGACCAUCUUUGUCAUCAUAUCAUCAUUCAAAGACAUUAAAGAUCUGA